GUUGUGACCUUGCGGCUCACACAGCCCAGAGCUGCACUCGCAGUGAAACGCUCCGGGCAGCGUAGCAAAGUAACCGGAGAGCCGCCAAUUCUGAGCCGGACUGGCUGCUUACAAAAACUCCUAUUUCCAUAGGACGCAACAUUUAAGAAGGAAUUGGGCAGCUAGAGACGACGGAGAGCCACAUAGCCUGUACAAAGAGCCGGUAUAUGCUCCAUUGUUAUUGCCCUGCGGUUCAAUUAUUUUUACAUUUUACAGCCCGGGACGACCUACAGACUCAUCGCGUUAUAAGGGACAUUAAUCAUAUUUUCAUUCAUAAUUCCCAUAUUUGCAUUCCUAGACUAGUAGGAGUCACCGGGUAUCUCCCGAAUAUCCCCCAGUUCUACGGAUUAGCGAUUCUUGCUGGAGGACUCGCCUUUCGCUCCGAUUCAGAGCCGAAGCAGAAGCAGGGAGAAGCGGACUUUGCGCAGAGCUCCGAGGAUCAGCGAGCUGCUGCUCUAUUGAUCUGGAUGGAUUCAUAGUUCAGCCAGCGUCUGCAUCCUGACAAACACAACAUAUCGCCAGACUAUCAAAGAGCAACGUGAAGGAUAGACUUUAAUGGGGAUCCUAAUUCUUUUGGAAGGGAAAUAGAUCGUCUCUUACUUAAUCAAACUGAAGAACGGAUUGAUCAUUUAAAGAGCGAAGCAGGUGACGAAUUACUGAGAGGGUAACGUGAGACUGCCAAUGACGGCGGAGGUCCUAGGGGCCAGCUGAAGGCUAACACACUCCUUCUCCCAUCCCCACGUCCCUUGGCUACGAAACAGAGAUGCAAACGCUUCACAGCAUCAGCGUCCCCUGCAGCCUGUGCGUUUUAAUCCUCUGCCUUGCUGACGGACAGCUGGGCAAAUCCGCCGAUUCAGAGGAACACAGGGCAAAAGGGCCCAGGUUCCUGCGUCCGCUGCUCCAGCCAGGAUACCCAGAAAAUGCUACGGUCACCAGGGGGGGGCACGUGGAGCUGGAGUGCAAAGUGUACAGGUCGGCGACCACGCGCAUCCAGUGGCUCCGUAGGGUCCUGGACGCCAGCGGCCUGCCGCACCUCAAGCCUCUGACGCCUCUGCAAAGCAAUCGCUCCAAGGUCCAUUUCCUGACACUGGAUAACGUCACCUCAGAGGAUGCGGGCGAGUACAUCUGCCAAGCAAUGAACUCUGCAGGACAGCUCUCCCAGUCUGCCUGGGUGGAAGUCUUACCUGAACCAGAACCUGCGUGUGAGCCAACACCGGAAAGUAAAACACCAGCAGUCAACAAAGAAGAUGAUGCUGAAGAGAUGACAGAGCACCUCCUCCUGGAGCCAGGGGACGUGCUGAAGCUGCACUGUGACACCAACCGGCCUGGCGGAGUCCACUGGUACAAGGGCAAUGACCGGGUCCUGAACAGUGCCCGCAUCCACAUCCGCCCCGGCAUCAUGGAGGUCUCCGACGUCACCUAUGAGGACUCGGGCCUGUAUGUGUGUGUGCUGAGGGGCAGUGGCGAGAGCCUACGCAACUUCACCAUCACUGUCACCGACUCUAUAGGAUCUGGCGACGAUGAUGAAGACAAUGGUUUUGAAGACGCGUCGACCGAGACUGAGAACGAGCAGGUCUUCUUCACGAGAGGCCCACACUGGAUCCACACACAGCGAAUGGAGAAGAAACUGCAUGUUGUCCCUGCUGGCAACACGAUCAAGUUCCGCUGCCCAGCUGCAGGGAGCCCUGUGCCCACGAUCCGGUGGCUGAAGAACGGGAGGGAGUUCAGGGGGGAGCAUCGCAUUGGGGGCAUCAAGCUACGACAUCAGCACUGGAGCCUGGUGAUGGAGAGCGUGGUUCCGUCAGACCGGGGCAACUACACUUGUGUGGUAGAAAACAAGUACGGCUCCAUCUCCCACAGCUACCUCCUGGAUGUUCUGGAGCGCUCCCCCCACCGGCCCAUCCUCCAGGCAGGACUGCCAGCCAACACCACUGUGGUGGUGGGCAGUGAUGUGCAGUUCCUCUGCAAGGUCUACAGUGAUGCCCAGCCACACAUCCAGUGGCUGAAGCAUAUUGAGAAGAAUGGCAGCCGCUAUGGUCCUGAUGGCUUCCCCUACGUGCAGAUUUUGAAAACGGGCAGUCUGAAUACAUCAGAGGUGGAGGCUCUCUACCUGACUAACGUAACCAUGGAAGAUGCAGGAGAGUACACCUGCCUGGCCGGGAAUUCCAUUGGCUACUCGUAUCAGUCGGCUUGGCUCACUGUCCUCUCAGAGGAGGAAGCAGCCGAGGAAAUGGACACAAUGGAGACUAAGUACACGGACAUCAUCAUCUAUGCCUCCGGCUUCCUGGCCCUGCUCAUGGCUAUCGUCAUUGUGGUGAUGUGUCGGAUGCAGGCCACCGCCAGCAGAGAACCGUUCGAUGUCCUUCCCGUCCAGAAGCUCUCCAAGUUCCCCCUACGCAGACAGUACUCUGUGGAGUCCAACUCGUCUGGAAAGUCCAGUGCUUCUUUGAUGCGGGUAGCACGCCUGUCCUCAAGCUGUUCCCCCAUGCUGGCUGGGGUCAUGGAGUUUGAGCUGCCCUUUGACCCCGACUGGGAGUUCCCCAGGGAGAAUCUGACUUUGGGAAAACCCCUUGGAGAGGGUUGCUUCGGCCAGGUGGUGAGGGCGGAGGCCUACGGAAUCAACAAGGAGAAUCCGGAUCAGACGUCUACUGUGGCUGUCAAGAUGUUGAAAGAUGACGCCUCGGACAAAGAUCUGGCGGAUUUGAUUUCAGAGAUGGAGCUGAUGAAAGUCAUGGACAAGCACAAGAACAUCAUCAACCUGCUGGGCGUGUGCACACAGGAUGGCCCACUUUACGUCCUGGUUGAGUACGCCUCCAAGGGCAGCUUGCGCGAGUACCUGCGGGCGCGCCGCCCCCCUGGCAUGGACUACACCUUUGACGUCACUAAAGUUCCCGAGGAGCAGCUCACCUUCAAGGACCUGAUCUCUUGUGCCUACCAAGUGGCACGGGGCAUGGAGUACCUAGCCUCCAAGAGGUGCAUCCACAGGGACUUGGCGGCGAGGAACGUUCUGGUCACCGACGACAACGUCAUGAAGAUUGCGGAUUUCGGCCUGGCGAGAGGCGUGCACCAAAUCGAUUACUAUAAGAAAACCACCAACGGCCGCCUGCCGGUGAAGUGGAUGGCACCAGAAGCCUUGUUUGACCGAGUCUACACACACCAGAGCGACGUGUGGUCCUUCGGUGUCUUGAUGUGGGAGAUUUUCACUCUGGGGGGGUCGCCUUACCCCGGCAUUCCCGUGGAAGAGCUCUUCAAGCUGCUGAAGGAGGGCCAUCGGAUGGACAAGCCCUCCAACUGCACACAUGAACUCUAUAUGAUGAUGAGGGAAUGCUGGCAUGCAGUUCCCUCCCAGAGGCCCACCUUCAAACAGCUGGUGGAAGAGCUGGACCGGGUGCUCUUGUCUGUCUCAGAUGAGUACCUGGACCUCUCAACGCCGUUCGAGCAGUACUCCCCAUCUUGUGAGGACACCUCCAGCUCCUGUUCCUCGGACAAUGACUCGGUCUUUACCCACGAUGCUCUGUCCACAGACCCCUGCCUCCUCGGCUACCACGACGUGCACUCCAGGAUAAAGACCUGAAAAGGGUCACCCCCCCCGUCAGCAGGCGGCCGGCGUGGGAGGGGGGGUCGGCUCGUGGAAGUUACCUUCGAGAUGUUUGCUUUAAAAACAAAAAUGCGAAAAGUGGCGGAAAGGCAGCGGGUUUUUGGCUCCGUGCCGUGGAACAUUAUCUCAUUAGCACUGUGAGAAAGUCUGGUUUGCAUUUUCAGGUUCUCCUUCAUGAAGCAGGACAUUUUUACAUUAGGCUCUUUUUAAUUACAGUCGCUGUGGGAGAAAAUUCAGAAUAACAGAAGCUAAACUAAACCCAUUUAGAACCAGUAUCGAACGUUAAAAAAAGAGAAAUAUAUUUUCGUAUAAAACAGAAGGCGAUAGCAUUGUACAAUAUAAAUAUAUAUAUAAAUAUAUAUAUAUAAAAUAUUAUUUUACAACCUGGUAUUUAAAAAUUGUCUUAAAUCUCAGGAUAUCUUGUGUAAAGUUGCUGUGCAGACAGUAAAGUGCCUAAAUUUCUGAUCUCCUAUGAAUAUAUUAAAUAUUAAAAUAUUUUAUGUAUAUAUCACAAAGAGGGGGGAGAAAAGACAGUUACGUUUUAUAAGUUAUUUUUAAAUCAUAUGAGGCGUUUGAGGUGAAAGCAAAUAACUUUGGACCGUAUAUUAUUUUUACUGGAAACCAUGUAGCUGUCUAUGCAUUUGAGCAAAGGAGUUGCCGUUCACUGAAAUCGUCCGUGGGUGACACUCCGUGGAUUUCACAAUUGAAGGGCUCUUGGGACUAAUUGUGACUCGCAAAGACUCUCGACUCUGAAAUCUGUACCUGGAAGAGAAAAAUUUCAUCGCCGGCAUAGAGGCCCAGUGGAAACUGUCGUCCCCGACGGCGAGAGCGGCGUGAAAUCUGUGGAGCCAGAGUGAAUGCGCAGGGGGCUCAGAUUGAUUGAUUUAGAGGGAGAAUCGCUUUUUUUUUUGUCUCCUAUAAAUCUUUAACCCAGCGCGGGUGCCCCGCAUGUGGGGGGACUGGAACGGAAGCUCGGGGACCAACAAUGGGCCGCUGUGGGUGUGACUGCAAGGACAGGCGACCUCCUGGGCCUGUGUGCAAAUGAGGAGGCCUUAUGAUGCAAAUCGCCCUCGGGGCUUUGCCAUUAUUCAGCUGUGUCUUUUAAUAUACAAAUGCUAAUCCUGUCCCUUCAGGGACAAGCUCCGGUCGUUAUCUUCAGGGGACGCUGGAGUUCACCCCCCCCCAGAGAAGAUAACGGUCUGAUUCACCCCACCCCUGAA